AAUCCCGCCCUGUUCGGGGGUUGAAAUGCGAUUACACCAUCGCUGUAAUACACGCACCCAGUCUUGUGCCCGAAUGUCUUGCAUGUGCGAAGCAGUCUGUCUUUCGGGAAUUAAGAUAUUCUGAAUAGUACUUUGGGAUUUUAACGAGAUCACAGUGGGCUCAUCUCCGCUACGGAAUGGACAUAUGUUGUAGUAGCUCUGUGUGUGAAGGUAACGGUACUGGAAAUAUUACCCUGCGAUAACGGCAGCCAGAGGCUACGGACAGCGAGCUGGGCUUGGUUAGAGGUUGGUUACAGGACUUUAUGGUGUGGGCUAAUGGCGCAGGUGAAUGAAGCCUCUUGAAAUAAAGUUACACGUUCGAUUGACUGGCACAAGCAACACUUCUGCUCUGCAUUUGUGGAUACUAUCAUGGACUUUCGCUUGACAUUUGCCCCUGUAGGCAAAUUGAGGUAGCCGUAUAGUUGCCUCCAACAGAACCUGUGACCUUUCUCCGUUUUUGAAUGCCUUGUUUUACACCUUUUACGUGGAUUAGUUGAUGGACACGAGCCAAUGUCACUGCGCAACAAUGUUUCCGUCUAGAGCUCUGGUAACAUUGGUGCUACUCGAGACUGUUACAUUUCGCGGUACUCAAUCAAAUACGUUACCUAGUAACCGUUUAGGAUUGCUGCUCGAUGCCGAUUUGCAGGAGUAUCUGCUGGCGGAAAGUCAUAUGAACUCAAAUAAGACAGAGAUGGAGAAGCCACAAGAGAAGCUGUCUCCUUUGAACGCAACAACUGUAUCGUCCCACUCAUCACUUACAAGUCCAGAGCACCACCAUGGUAGUAGGCACGGCAAGCCACUGGAGAGGACCAGGCCCUUUGUGGUAGUGGACGGACACAACAGAAGUCUGAGUGAGGCCUUGCAGAACGGUCACCCAGACAAGCUACAGUGUGGUCUUCAAAUUGGAGGCAGCAUCUAUCUUUUGGACCUGGAGAAAAACCAUGAUCUCCUGCCCAAGCCCCCCAAUGUCUUCUACUACCUCCCUAAUGGCACUGGGGUUUCUUUAGAGGAGAGCACAGUGACUCACUGCUACUACCACGGCUCAGUGAGGGGCUUCCCACAGUCCAGGGUGGCUCUCAGUACCUGCUCUGGACUCAGGGGUGUGGUGGCUAUCAACUCCACCCUGAGCUUUGAGCUGCAGCCUGAGGAAGACCAUGAGGAGAGUGGAGGGGAGGAGGAGGGGAUGCACCUGCUUUACUCCACCAGACCUCUGGAGAGGGGUAGUGUUGGGGGCUGUGGGGUGUCUCAUACACCUGUACCCCCAAUCCACAUCCCACCACAAGUCCCACACAGGAGUAAGAGGGACAUUCUCUCAGAGACCAAGUACAUAGAGCUUGUGCUUGUAGCUGAUCACGAAGAGUACCUUAACUACCAGAAAAUCAACAAGACUAUCAUCUAUCGAAUGCUGGAUGUGGCCAACCAAGUAGACUGGUUCUACCGGCCGCUGAGUGUGCGUGUGGCUCUAACUGGUCUGGAGAUCUGGAGUGACCAGGAUAAGAUCCGGGUUGACAAGAGUCCCUCAGACACCCUCAACCGCUUCCUGGAGUGGCGCACCAGAGAGCUGCUGCCACGCCUGCGCCACGACAAUGCUCAGCUCAUUAUGGGGGAGUCAUUUGAUGGAACUACAGUGGGAAUGGCAUCUCAGUCUUCCAUGUGCUCCAAGGACCGGUCAGGAGGGGUCAAUGUGGAUCACCUGGUCAGUGUACUGGGGGUGGCGUCCACCAUUGCCCAUGAGCUCGGGCACAAUUUGGGCAUGAAUCAUGACACGGCCGACCGGCGCUGCCAGUGUCAGAACGAGCCACGCCUGGGAGGCUGCAUCAUGGAGCCAUCUACUGGGUUCAUGCCAGGCCAGCUGUUCAGCAGCUGCAGUGCCAGAGACCUGUCCCUCAGCCUGCUCCACGGUGGGGGGAUGUGCCUCUUCAACGUGCCUCAGCCUGAGAAACUGCUGGGGGGGCCACGCUGUGGAAACCUCUACGUGGAGAAGGGAGAGGAGUGUGACUGCGGCCUGCUGGAUGAGUGUAACGAUCCUUGUUGCAACGCCACCACCUGUAAACUGGUUCCUGGGGCCCAGUGUUCCUCUGAUGGCAUCUGUUGUGACAACUGCAAGCUGCGUACAGGUGGAUGGAUGUGUCGGCAGCCCCUGGGGGAAUGUGACCUCCCAGAGCACUGCACCGGUGCCUCUCCCUACUGCCCCCCCAACGUGUUCCUGCAGAACGGCGAGCCCUGCGAGGAAGGUGCCUCCUACUGCUACAGUGGUGUCUGCGCCAGCUUCAACACACAGUGCCAGAUGUUGUGGGGACCUAAUUCGACAAGGGCUCCGUCUGUCUGCUUUUCCUCCGUCAACAAACAGGGCAACAAAUACGGCAACUGUGGCCAGAUGCCAAACGGAACCUACAUCCCCUGCCCUAGCAAAGAUGUGCAUUGUGGGAGGCUCCAGUGCCAGGGAGGCAAUGACCGUCCGUUGCUAGGCACCAGCGCUGAGAUCCUGACCACCAAAGUAAAAUUUAACUACAGCGACUUUGUCUGCCGGGGAACCUACUUCCACCUUGGCGACGACGUCUCCGACCCUGCCAUGGUGGCACAGGGCACUGCAUGUGGUCUUGGCAAGGCUUGUUGGAACCAGCGGUGUCAGGAUGUGUCUUUGUUCGGCGUCGACGAUUGUCAGAGCAAAUGCAACGGACACGGGGUGUGCAACAGCAAUAAGAACUGCCACUGUGACGUGGGUUGGGCUCCUCCAGACUGUAGGUCCACGGGCCAUGGAGGCAGUGUGGACAGUGGCCCUGCAAGAGCACCUAGAGGAUCCGACCCGGCACGUGUGGCCUUGCUGGUCAUCUUCCUCUUCGUCCUGCCAGUGGUUCUCCUCUUCCUCGCUCUGCGUUUCCCCCGGUGUCACCGCAACCUGCCCUGUCUGGGCACUACCAGCCUCUUCCACAAGGGCACCGGACGCCAACAGAGCCGGACCCCGGCCACAGAGCGAGUGGAUGCUCGUAACGGGGAGCAGGUCCAACCACUGAGGUACCACUGGAGCCGCCAGAGUGACAUCCAAAUGACCCCGUCUCCGCCUUCUAACAAGACAUCGUUGAGUCGGCCGGCUCCUCCCACCAGGCCUCUACCCCCUGACCCUGUGCUAACAGGCAGCCAGGCCCUUGUACAACCCAAAAAAACACCAGCACCCAGGAAGUCCUUGCCUUCAGAGCCCCCGUCACAUCCCACCCACCCUGGGUACAUUGCAUCUGGUGCCCCCCUGCAACAUGGAGCGAGUAUAACUUCAGUUCCACCUGUUGGCCCUCCUGUUGCAGCCGUCCCUUCCAGACGUGCCCCUUUACCUCCAGUACGGACGUCACAACCCAGGAAACCCAACUCGACACCUCCGGUUUAACUGCCAAAGAUCCACAAAACCACUAAGAUUCUGAGAUUCUCUUAAACCGGACCUGAACGCAUAAAUUGCACUGAUUCAGCCAAGAGUUUUAUUAUGGAGAACCUUAUAGGAAGGCUCAGAACCCAGAAGUCUCCAAAUGAAGGCUGCUUUUCACUCUCCCUGCCCCCCCUAAACUAUUUCCUGUUGUCUUCUUCCUGAGAGACUGACAGGUGCCUUACGUGUCAUGUUGGGACAGACUGGGGCUCCGAGCAAAGCAGAGAAGGUUUGGAAUGUUCAGUUGGGUUGAUCCGUUGGCCAUUAAGAAACUGGAUGGAUGUAGUUAAGUAUCCGUCAAAGAUGUAACACUUCAUGAAAACUGUGUGGCUUUUGACAUUAACUGACAAUUACAAAAAUGGAUGUCUACACAGAGCCUAAGCUCAAUUGAGAUUAAAGGCCCAGUACUGGUUUUAUGGCAUUGGCACAUUUGAAUGUGCCCUGUGAUGCUUCAGAACAACGUAUUACUCUUCUACUUAUAGGUUGAAGCCCAAGUCAUCCUCCCAAUCUGACUGUGGCCACCACUUUUGCACCAUUUUGCAGUAUUUUAUUUUAAGCGGCUUGGCUAAUGCAGGCCUCAGGAAACCAGUCCUGACCAUCUCUUGCUCUCUUUCUGGAAUAAAGAAGCAUGUCAACACUUUCAUUCACCGCAAUGAUUCCUUUGAUCUCCAUCACAAUGGUGUCAUUGAGGGGGAGGACCUUGCAUGCAACCCUUUCUGACUAACCCUUGAGAUGAAAUGAGAAUAGUGUCACAGAAACCUUAGUUCUUGAUUGCAGAGCUGUACAACUGUAAAUACCAGAGAAUUCUAACUUGCCUACUAGUUUUAAUUCUACAAUAAGGGCUAUUUAAAAGCCAAAGAGAUGGAUCUCUGGAGAAGUGAGGGGGGAAGUAGAUUGAACUUUGUGAAAUGAUAGGCCACUUCUCGAAGACUGACCUACGCUGCGACAGAAGAUAGGUUGCCUUUUUUGUACCUUUGGUGAUCAGUUGUGCCGCACCAGUGUAAGCCAGAAUGAGUUAAGUGCACUCAUAGAAUGAGGAGCUCUUUUAAAUGAGUCUUCACAUAUUCAGGUGAAUUAAAACCAAGCCAUGGGAUUCACUUCUUUAGGAUUGGUGGGUCCCCUGCGGGACGGUUGAGCGAAUGUAGGCUAAUGCGAUUAGCAUGAGGUUGUAAGUAACAAGAACAUUUCCCAGGACAUAGACAUAUCUGAUAUUGGCAGAAAGCUUAAAUUAUUGUUAAUCUAACUGCACUGUCCAAUUUACAGUAGCUAUUACAGUGAAAGAAUACCAUGCUAUUGUUUGAGGAGCGUGCACAGUUUUGAACAAAGUUAUUAAUGAACAAAUUAGGCACAGUUGGGCAGUCUUGAUACAACAUUUUGAACAGAAAUGCAAUGGUUCCUUGGAUCAGGCUAAAACUUUGCACAUAUACUGCUGCCAUCUAGUGAACUAUUUAUAAAUUGCACCUGGGCUGGAAUAAUACAUUAUGGCCUUUCUCUUGCAUUUCAAAGAUGAUGGUACAAAAUUUUUUUUUUUAAAUGGUUGGUUUCUAAUUUGUAUUAUCUUUUACCAGAUCUAAUGUGUUAUUCUCCUACAUUACUUUCACAUUUCCACAAACUUCAAAGUGUUUCCUUUCAAAUGAUACCAAGAAAAUGCAUAUCCUUGCUUCAGGGCCUGAGCUACAGGUAGUUAGAUUUGGGUGUCCUUUUAGGCGAUCCUUAAGAGUUAAACUGGGGAAACGCUGACUGAAUGUACGAGAAAAAAAACUAUAGGCUCACACACACUUUACAUUAAGUCACAGCAAUGCCAUUAGUUACACCAAAUAUCAUUUUCUCAGUCUUAUUUCAUGUAACUAGAUUGGUAAUUAAUGUAAAACAUAUUGUUACUUAUCUUUUUAGUGCAAUUCAAGCAUUGUUAUGUUCCUUCUCUGCAGUACAGUGUACAGCUAGUUACCAAAGUAGUUUGAGUAACUUCAUGGUAUAAGGGCAACUUAAUAUAAAGUGUUAUGAUGUUCUGGAAUAAACCACAAUAUACAUACUACUCCUGAAGUGGUGAGCCACCUGUACAGGGGCUGUAUGUCGGCAGGCAACAGUAUUGAUUUUGCCUGCAUGUCAUGAACGUGUAUUUCAUUUCUAGUGAAAGAUUGUUUUCCAAGUCAAAACGUCUGUUUGUCUUCCAUUUAAUAUUGUUUAAAGUGAUAAAUUACCAGCCUUAUGAGUUUUAAGUUGAGCACUCCACGGCAACAUGGCUAACUGUGUUUAUACAGCAAAUAGAUGGUUUUGUGUAUCAAUGGUGGCUUAUUUAGUCAAAGAGAAUUUGGCUAGCAGGUAUGAUAAUUGAAACUGAUAAUCUUCAUCCUGAUUUGAAAUCUGCCAAUACUUCUUGGUCAUUUGGAUAAAUGAGUACUGGUAUGCAUUACAAGCAUUUCAGAUAAUUUGACUGUUCAUUAUUUUGAUUAAUUACUAAAGUUGUCAACUUUGAUUAUGACAAACUCUAAAUGGCGCAGGCAUGUGAUUAUGCCUUCCAUCAGUCCAUUUGAUUUAGAAUUUGUUAAUGUCCUUUUUUGACCUUCUACUGACAAUGCUCUGUUCCACUGUUCUGAACACACUCUCCCAUUGGUUCUAUUCAUAUGUCUUACAUUUCUAAUACGUCUGAUUAUCAGUAUGAGAACACUCAGAUGUAACACGAAUUGUUACAAAUUUUGCUCAAUGCAAUUAUGGGAGGGUCUUUUCAUGAGACUGUUCUACUUUGACCUCUGUCUGCAUUUUUCCUACAGUCUCAAUUGAGACGUUCACUGCUGCUGAGGGAAAUAAAACAGACUGUGGAAAAGUGA